AUGUUUACAACUAGCAACAUCAUUGAUAAUUUAAAUUCAACAUUAAAUGGUUUAUUAAUUGGUUAUUAUUCACUUGAAUCAAUAUUAAAAUCAUCAUUGGAAGAAUGUUUACACAAUCAACCGUGUUUGAAUUUGAUAUUAAAUUUUAUUGGACAACACUCAUUAAAUGAUAAUUUUACAAUAUUUAAUUUAUCUUUAUUAUCAAAAAUUUCUCGAAAAUAA